UCAUUUAAUUGGGGUUGUUAUUUUUGGCUCCCGCUAUGGUUUGAAGUAACAAUAAAAUAACACCUUUCGUUACAAUGACCACUUAGCUAACGCUCUUUUUCUUCAAACAGUUGGUGAUGGUGGUUACGGAGAAGAUGAUUAAAAUCGCCAACGUCAUUAGGAAAGAACCAGCGCCAAGCGUUUUCAUAUGAACGUGAUUGUGAACUGUGAAUUGUGAAGAGCAAGUUUCUAGAAAGAAAGAGAAUGUUUAAGCUUCAUAAGCAUAGGAAUGGGAAACUAGGUGACAGAAUUGAGUUCAGAAUUUCGAAUCUAAAGGCGCUUCAGGUACCAAAGGGGUGGGACAAGUUGUUUGUUUCUGUUGUAUCUGUGGAAAAUGGUAAAACACUUGCAAAGACAAGCAAAGUUGCAGUCCGUAAUGGAAUUUGUCAGUGGUCUGAUACUUUAUCAGAAUCUAUAUGGGUUUCAAGAGAUAAGUCGUCCAAGGAAACUGAUGAUUGUCUCUUCAAGCUUAUUGUUGCAAUGGGAUCAUUAAGAUCUGGUAUCCUGGGAGAGGCCACAAUCAGUAUGACCAGCUAUGUGAAUUCAGAUGCUGCUGUUCCACUUUCAAUCCCUCUAAAUAAGUGCAACCAUGGGACAGUUUUGAAUGUAACAAUGCAGUGCCUUACACCAAGAACAAAACCCAGGGAUCAAGAAUCAAGCAAAGAAAAUUCUCAUUUGAAGGCUAUGAAUGAAAAUAGUCAUGAAGUGUCUGUCAAGUCAAAUGGAUCUGAUUGUUCAUAUGUACAGAGUGUUACAUCUUCCUCCGUUGAUGACGUGGACUCUAGCUUAUCGCCAGGAGAAGUUGAGACUAAGGCAACAAGUCUUUCUGGUUCUGCAUCAAAUUACAGCUAUAACUCAGCUGAGGAUUCCACAGGAAGGGGAAAUUUCUCCCCAUGCAUCAGUGACGGGCAGAGUCCAACAGGAAGAAAAGACUCAACCAGUUCCCAGAAAAGUGUAUCCCAUUGCGAUUAUCCAGUUAAUAACACUUCUCAGUCAAAUCGUUCAUCAUUUAGUUCCCAAAAUAUGCAAGACAUUGGUACAUCAUCUUUUAAGACAACUCAUGGUUCUAACAACAGUCCUGAAGUUACAGAAGACACGAAUGAAGAGCUACGGGCAGAAGCAAAGAUGUGGGAAAUGAACGCCAGAAAGCUAUUAGGGGACUUGGAGAUGUUGAAAACAGAAUUCUCAUGUCAAUCUAAAAAGAUGACAGGCCUGGAAAUGGAACUUUCAACAGCAUAUGUAGAACGUGAUAGUUCGAAAAAAGAAGUUGAGCGGUUAACAUUGUCAUUAGGAGAUCCAAUAGUGAGACAAAAAACUUUGGAAGAUUCAAUAUCUCAAAUUGAAUGCAUUCCAGAAAUUGAAAAUGCUCUAAAAGAUGAAUUAGUGUUUCAGAAAGAAUCCAAUGCCAACUUGCUUUUGCAACUAAAGAAGAGCCAAGAAGCAAAUGUUGAGCUUGUUUCUCUUCUCCAGGAGCUGGAAGAAACCAUAGAACGGCAAAAACUUGAUAUAGAAAGCCUUUCAUCAUUACCAUCAAAACUCAGUACUCUGGAAAAAUCUUUCCAGCUAAGAGAAGAACGAAAUAGGAUCCUUAUGCAACAAAUAGAACAGCUGGAGGAGUCAAAGAAAAAUCUGAUGGCUGAGGUGCAAGAAUUGGAAGAAGCAUUGGAGGAUAAAAUUCAAGACAUUGAACAAGCAAAGAUUCAAAACAAAAAAGCACUUUCAGAUACUGAAAUGGAAUAUGAAAGCAAGUUAUCUGCUAAAGAGAAGGAAAUUUCAAGUUUGAAAGCAAGGCUGUUAGAAUCUGUCCCAGAAACCUGUAAUAUGGAGAUUGUGUCCAGAGAUGUACCUGAUGCAGAUGGUUUGGAACAAAUCAAAGAACUGAAAGAGAAAGUUCAAGAACUUGAGAUGGACUGCAAUGAGCUGACAAAUGAAAACCUUGAGCUUUUAUUCAAGCUAAAAGAAGCAAAGGCCUAUUCAAAAGAUGGAGGUGCAUCCAAAGAUCUAUUGUCAAACAUGCUCCACGAUCAAUCGUUUUCUAGCUCUGACUCUGAAGUAAGCAACAAUUUAUUUCGAAUAUUCCAUUCAGAAGAUAUGCUCCAGGAGGAAAACGGCAAGAAGAUUAGUAAUGAUAAAACAUCUGAGAUGGAAAACCUUGAGGCUAGCUUAUUAAGUAAAGAAAAUGAGAUGUGGGUUCUUCAGAAGCACCUGGGUGAGUUGGAAGACAAGGUGGAUCAUCUUGAACAAGAGAAACUUCAAUUAGAGGAACACAUUGAGGACAGGAUAAAAGAAAGAACGCAUGAAAUGACUCUCAACAGAUCAGAUAUAGAACAAGAAAAUGGACAACUGUCAAUGCGGAUUUCUGUUUUAGAAGCACAAGUGAGUGACUUGACAAACAAACAAGAGUCCCAAUUAUCAGAGUUAGAGAGCACUAGAAAUCAAGCUGCAAAGCUACAGAAGAAGAUUAUGGAGAUGCAGUCUGAGAUGGAUUCCUCCAUAGAAGAAAAUCAGCAGUUACAAAUUACCAUUGAAAAUCUUGAAGAAGAAUGCAAUUCAUUUGAGAAGCUAAAUGGAUAUUUGAGGGAGCAAAAGCUGGAGUUAGAGGAGUAUUGCUCCAUUAUGGGAGAUAGGUUGAGGGAAUCAGGUGAAAGAUUUUCUGAUUGCUGUGGUAGAGUGGGAGUCCUAGAAAAUAAAUUUUAUUUGAUGUUGGAAGAUAUUACAUCAAAAGAGAAGGAUUUAACUUCAGAGCUGCAUGGUAUUUUGGAUGAAAAUAGGAAACACAUGGAGCAGGGCCAAAGCUUAUUGAAUCAGAUGCAAAUUGAGAAGGUGGUGGAAAUUCAGAACCUUAAACUAGAAAUAGAGAAUUUAAGAUUGAAACUUUCAGCAGCCUAUGAUGAAAAAGAAAGAGUAGCUUCCAAUGCUUCGCUUGAAGUAUCCACACUGCGUGCUGAGGUUAAUAAUGUGCAGUCUCAAUACGAACAAAAGUUGCAAAACCUAACAACUGAGCUUGCCAAUUUCAAAAUUAAAAUGGAAACGCUGAUGGAUGAACAUGAAAAGUUGUCAAAGCUUGUUGAGGACUACAAAUCAAAAGAACUGAAAUUCAAAACCACUAUAAAUGCCCUUGAAUCAAAACUUAUAGUCACUGAAAAUGAAAGACAGCAACACAUGGAUGAAUCCAGAAAUUUGAAAGUUCAGUUGCAGGAAACAUGUCAAUUUGAAAAUGAGAUCAUGGCUCUCAAGAGUGAGCUCAAUGCUUCCAAUACCGAGAAAGAGAGGCUGCAAUCCUCGUUAUGCUUGAAAUCUGAACUUUGUGAAGAUUUGAAAGCAGAGAGUCUAUCAUUUGAACGAAAGAUAUCAAGCUUGGAGAAGGCUACGUCAGAAUUGGAGCACUGCAAGAGAACUAGAGCAUCCCUUGAAGAAAGGCUUGUGCAGUUGGAGAAUGACUUGAAUGCAAGAGAAACAAGAUGUGUCAAAGAAAAAAGUGAGUUACAGAGAAAAGUUCAGGCCCUUGAAGAAGAAUUAAAACUGACCAAGGAACAAAAGCGAAAUCAAGUUUCAAGGUUAAACAGGAAACCAGUUAACGAUGAUCAGAAGGCCUCAAAAAAUUCUAUGGUUAAGAAUACCAAUCAACUUCGCAGUAAUAGGAAAAAGCCGUCUUUAAAGAAUGACAGAGAAGUCCUGAAAGAUCAACAGGACCUUUAUAACAGCAGUAAACAUCAGACUGAGGUGGAAAAUGAGCACGGACUUCUUGAUGGAAGUGUUGAUGUGGUUGAAGUAGAACCAUUAUCAAAGACUCAAUUGCUUGAGGCUGAACUUGAAAAAGAACCCAGUGACAUAUAUGAAGUUCAACUUAACAGGUCGUCACCUAAAGGGCGAAACAACCAAGCAAAUGAGCCAGUAAAAUCAAUGGCUGAAGAAGAACUAGUGACUAGAGAGAAGUUUGAACGUACAAAAUCAAUGCUAGAGGAAGAGUUGAGAGAUAUUCAGGAUCGAUACUUCCACAUGAGCCUUAAAUAUGCAGAGGUAGAAUCUCAGCGUGAAGAACUUGUAAUGAAGCUCAAAGUGGCCAAGAGCAAAAGAGGAUGGCUCUCAUAGAACCAUGACCAAUCUAGUUAUCAUUUUUUAUGCUGACAAACUUAGGUUCCCUGAAAUCCAAAUUUAAAGUGCCACGGAGUUUUCGAUCUAUAAUAGGAUGUAUAGUAUACUUUUGAAAGGAAUCAUUGGAUCAGGGAGUAAUAAUGAAACUAUAAGGAUCCCUUGUAAAUAUCAGAAUUUUUGAAGGUAGAAUUUAACGCAGAAAGUGAUAUUAUGAUUA